AUGGAAAGAUCAGACAAGGACGACACAAGAAAAGCAGAUUAUCAGCCCGAGACGCCAUCGAACUACGUUACCCUGGACACCUUUGCGGAACUUACGCAUCACCUCAGAACGCGCAGAUGCCGCGUAUGCGACGAAUUAUUCUUUUCCUCGGAGCUGGACAUUCGGAACCUGUUUCAAGACUGGGCAAACGGUAUAGUGGAUCAGUUGUCCUGCGUUCUCAGGUGCAGUAAUUGUAACACGCGCUCAUGUAUCGCAUGUGAGCCGGUCCCCUUCGCAACGUCCUCCAGAAUCGGAUUUGCCUCGCCAAAAAACAAACAAAACUUAUCAUGGUGCUGCGUGGGCGGGCGCCUGUUCUUGAUAUGGGCGGUCCUCUGUGGGUUCGAUCGACGUAUCUGGGAGUCCAGGAAUCUCGGAAACGUAUCCAAGCAAGUCAGGCCAGAGUCAAAAUUGAAGCCCAAGAAGAUCCAGAAGUCCAGCCGUGGUGGCAGUCAAGGUCCCUGGAGCAGUAACAGGCCUUCAAAAGGCUCCAUGCCUAGUGGUAUGGGCUACGGCGGGCACGGCUCGGGCUCCAGUGGACAUGAUCACGAUACGCAAGACGACACAAUAUUAAAGGCGCGAAUUGCACGCAAAAAGGAAGACAUCUUCAGCAAAACAAUACUGGAUUUCUUGACCGAUCUUCUUCCAUCUCUCGAGCGGGAAACCUGCUUCGAUUUCGAUCCUCCCGGUGCUAUCUUGGAAAUGCUCAACAAUAGCAAGAUCCUCCCACACUGCGCGGAGCUUCUACGCAACGACUCGUUGACCGACGUAACCAAGCGCAAAGAUCUUUAUCAGGCGCUGUUCUCUUUCCUGACUAUGGUUGGCUCGCAUUCUAGUACGGAUGCAGCGCUCUUUGGCCCUCGAUAUGCGCGACCUGAGACGAUAGACUUGCUUACACUUUCUUUCCACGAUGAGAUACCCGAUGCAAAAGAGAAGGUGACCACUUUAGCCGAAUGUCUACGAAACCUCACUACUCAAAGCUCAAUGAUGCUACAGAGCGCCAAGACGAACCAGAAUGCCUUCAAAGAUGACGAGGACCAGGAGAUGCUUCACGUAUGCCACCAGAUUUCUAUAUUUACCGAUUUCAUUCAAACGCACAUGAUCACAGCGACCGAUAGCGUAAGCGGCAAAGCGACUGUUAUGGUACCAGACGGCCUUGAUUUGAGUGACGUAGACUCCAAGCUGAUGUCAAAAACUCAUUACUAUUGGAACACGGCAAAGACCCUCGGCUACUCCCAGCCGGGAAGGUUCAAGCGAUUGAUCACAGAGAUUACAACGCUGCAAACAGGCCUACCACCGGGCAUUUUCGUACGCUAUUGCGAGGACAGACCUGACAUCCUCAAGUGCAUCAUUGUCGGGCCUGCUGGUACGCCGUAUGAAAAUGGCCUCUUCGAGUUCGAUCUCUUCUGCGGCGCAGCAUUUCCGAACGAUCCUCCGCAGGUCAACUUCAAGGGAACAGCAGGCGGUCGUAUUUGCAUCAAUCCAAAUCUUUACGCCGACGGUAAAGUCUGCUUAUCUUUACUUGGCACCUGGUCUGGGGAGCCGUGGAACCCCGGGGAGUCGACAUUGCUACAAGUAUUGAUAUCGAUACAAGCGAUGAUACUGUGUGAAGAGCCAUGGUACAAUGAGCCAGGAAGGGAAGCGGGUUACACGCGCAGCCUCAACGGGCCUUCGGCGAUGUACAACAGGAAGAUUCGUGACCAUACAGCACGUACUGCAAUUCUGGCUUGGCUCGACGAACCGCCACCACUAUGGAAAGACGUUGUCGACUUCCACUUCAAGCAGCAAGGCAACACCAUCCUCAAAACAGUAGAAGAGUGGGCCAAAGAGAAAAUGCCUGAGUCUAACAACUCGGCUUCUGAGCGAACAAUCGGAGAGGAGCUGUAUGCGUACGACGAAGCGUUUGCCGAAGCUAUGGCUGCUCGUCGCCCGGCUCCAGAGUUCAGCGAUGUGGGUUCGUUGCUACCACAGCUACAGACUGCAUUGAGGAAAUACGGCGCUACCUUCAGAGUCGAAUACGUCGCUCCCCCUGCUCCCCCUGCUCCGAAACGCAAGGCCGCACAAGCAAACCAUUUCGGGCCUGGAUUCUCGCCUUAUCCACCUGGGUCGUGGGGUCCCGCGACGAGUUCUUCGGAAGCACCGACGUGGGCUUCGAUGGCAGAUUCGUCAGAAGCACCGACAUGGGCUUCCGUGGCAAGUUCAACGACAGCACCGACAGAACCUCCAUUCUCAUUCGAUAAUUUGGAUGCUUUCGCUGAAUACAUGGGCAUCCAGAAUCCGCAGGAUGCUGCGCACUCUGCUGAGGCUCCUCGCUAUGAACUUAGGUCGUCCACACGUGGUCGCGGCAGUGGCGAGGAUCUGAGUACCCGUGGUGGGCAGGGUAGUUCCGGUACCGGCCAUGCACCUUAUAACAGCAAUACCAUGAACUAUACACGCGGAGGAGGUGGGGUGUCUCCGGGUACCCAAGGAUUGGGUCAGGGUGGCUUGGGCCGUGGGGGUCGUGGUAAUGGAACCGGUCGCGGUGAUCGUGGUGGACGUGGACGGGGUAGAGGUCGUGGCGACCGUGGAGGUAGCGGUUCCUAG